AUGAAUUCUCGACUGAUAAGGGCGCUUCAGCACCUCAUACAGGAGGCUCAUGGCCAUGUCUCUCAACCUCCAUCAUGUCACUCAUGCUCGCACCAACUGAACCCCGAUUAUAUUUCUCAGAUGGAAACUUGGCCACAGCUAGAGACAAUGAGACGACUGUUGUGCCAGCGGCCACCGAUCCCCGAGCUACCCACAGAAAUCCUCGACGACAUUGAUGCAGUCAUCACAUAUCGGAAUAAUAAAGCAACGCUGACCUCAGCUAUAUCGAUCACCCCGAGCAUUAUAUUCAAGCCCAACAAUCACAUGGAAGCAGGGAAAUCUAGCUCUAAGACGAUCAACAUAUCUCUGUGGAAAGGCGAUAUCACAUCAUUAACUGACGUUACAGCAAUUGUUAACGCUGCAAACUUUCAGCUUCUCGGCUGUUUUCGUCCAGACCACCGCUGUAUUGACAAUAUCAUCCACUCUGCUGCCGGUCCACGUCUUCGCGAUGCAUGCAACUCUUUAAUGCUUAAGCAGGGGUAUCCAGAACCGGUCGGAUCUGCUAAGGUUACCCCGGGCUUUAAUCUACCAGCGCCAUGGGUGCUGCAUACGGUUGGCCCGCAGGUCAACUCUAGGAAAAGCCCUGGAAUAUUGCAGCAGCAACAAUUAGCAAGUUGUUACAGUUCUUGCCUGGAUGCCACCGAGUCACUUCCUGCACUUCCGGACGGCCGUAAGGCCGUGGCCUUCUGCUGCAUCUCAACAGGAUUGUUUGCCUUUCCGCCGGACAUAGCCGCCAAAAUUGCCCUGGAGACCGUGGUGCAAUGGUGCUUGGAUCACCCGACCACAUCAGUGACCGAUAUAAUUUUUGACACAUUCCUGGAGCGAGACUACGAAUUAUAUCAAGCGAGUAUUUCCGAACUCAAGACUAGCCUUGCAUCCUUGGACGAUCAAAUAUCUUUCCCACUGAGGCCACCUGUUCAACACAAGGCGCUCAUCACCCCUACCAUAUCCAAGGCGCGAAGCUGGCUCCAAGAAGCAGACUACCUGAUUAUCUCAGCCAGUGCUGGUCUCUCAGCAGCCAUAGGCCUUGACUAUACCUCCACCUCUCUUUUCCAAAAACAUUUCCCAGGGUUUCUCCACCUCGGUCUAGGACGGUUAUACGACGUGUUCGGCUUCAACGACUGGGACAGCCCCAACCAAAAAUGGGGCUACUACUUCCUCCACCUAAACAUGGUCCGGAACUGGCCUGCAUCGAAACUCUACGAAGCCCUGCGUAAACUUGCGGCCCGCUUCGAUAACAGAUACUUCGUCCGUACAUCUAAUGCAGACGGCCGAUUCGUGGCGAAUGGAUUCCCAGCAGAGAAGGUAUCCACCCCACAAGGCCAAUACCGAUUACUACAAUGCUUCGCUAAAUGUCGACUCGACGCCAUAUUUUCUUCCGACCCAUUUGUAGACGCUGCGUUACCUUUCAUUGAUGCGGAAACUCAAGUCCUCACGGAUGAAACAAAAAUCCCUGCAUGUCAAUACUGCGGCGGCGAACUAACACUCUGUGUGCGUGGAGGGGAUUAUUUCAACUCUGCGCCCUUCCGUGCGCAGGAGCGUAAGUGGAAGGGAUAUAUGGAUGACGUUGCCAGGAAUAUGGAGGGUAGGAGGGCUGUUAUUCUUGAGCUGGGUGUCGGGCUCAACACGCCGGCUGUGUUGAGGUGGCCGAAUGAGGAGCUGGUGGAAGACGUUUCAAAUCCUGGUUUCCGGCUUAUCAGGGUGGGGAUAGGGGCUUCUGGAUGUGCGCCUUGGGAUUUGGAGGAGCAGAAUUUGGCUAUUGGGAUUGAGGGGGACUUGAAUUUGGUUGUGGAGGCGUUGGUGGACUGA